AUGAACGCGCUGGCGGUGGUGUUCCCGCCGAGUGUAGAGCGCCCAUCGGCGACGCUGGCGACGCUGACGAUCAGCAAGUCAGGCUGGCUCGGCAACGUGGCCGACAACAUCUUCACAGCGAUCCGAAAGGACUUUCCGAAGCUGAUCUGGACGGUCAACGAGAACGACGAGAACCUGACGUGGUUCUUUGACAAGGCCGAUGGCAGCAUCGCGCGUAAUGGCAACGUGCUCUUCUGGUAUGGUGUCGAGGACGGCGCUGAGAUUGCAGCCCAGUCACGGGCCCAACCAACCCAGGCGCGGGCUUUUUCGACUCUGGCACGGCGGCCAGUCGCGACGACAGCAACGACAGGAGGACCGAUGUCACGUGCUGCCUUCCACUCAUCGCGGACGCUGCGACUGGAGGAGACGACGAACCCGAACCCGCCGCUGGGCCGACGGAACGCGACGAACGAGAAGGCGGCACGGAUUGCACUGAUCGGCGCGCGCGGCUACACGGGCCAGGCGCUGAUCGGGCUGCUGAACGCGCACCCGCACAUGGACCUGCGACACGUGAGCUCGCGCGAGCUGGCCGGACAGCGGCUGGAGGGCUACGACAAGAGCGAGAUUACGUACGAGAGCCUCAGCCCGGAGGAUGUGGGUGACAUGGAGCGGCGCGGCGAGGUGGACGCGUGGGUGAUGGCGCUGCCGAAUGGGGUGUGCAAGCCGUACGUGGAUGCGGUGGAGGCGGUGCGAGCAGAGAGAUCGUCGUCGUCGGCGAACAAGAGUGUGAUUAUUGAUCUCUCGGCCGACUACCGGUUCGACUCGUCCUGGACGUACGGACUGCCGGAGCUGGUGAAGCGCGAGACGAUCCGGGAUGCGCGGCGGAUUGCAAAUCCGGGCUGCUACGCUACGGCGGCGCAGCUGGGCAUCGCGCCGCUGCUGGCCCACGUCGGCGGGACACCGGUGCUCUUCGGCGUCAGCGGCUACUCGGGCGCGGGCACGAAGCCGUCGCCGAAGAACGACGUGGAGCUGCUGACUAAUAACCUAAUACCGUACAGUUUGACGGAUCACGUGCACGAGCGAGAGAUUAGCAGCCAGCUGGGACGCAACGUCGCCUUUACGCCGCACGUGGCGGUCUGGUUCCAGGGCAUUCACCACACGAUCCACGUGCCGCUGCGGCAGUCGAUGACGUCGCGCGACAUCCGGCAGAUGUACCAGGACCGGUACGCGGGCGAGAAGCUGGUCAAGAUCGUGGGCGAGCCGCCGCUGGUCAAGUCGAUCCAGGGCAAGCACGGCGUGGAGAUCGGCGGCUUUGCGGUGCACUCGUCAGGCCGGCACGUGGUCAUCUGCGUGACCAUUGACAACCUGCUCAAGGGCGCGGCGACGCAGUGUCUUCAAAACCUGAAUCUGGCACUGGGCUACGCCGAGUACGAGGGCAUCCCGAUCAUAACUGAGCGAAAGGAAGUACAGAUCGGCGUGACGACUUACGACAAACGACUGAUUGUCAUGAUUGAACUUGAUGGGCGCACUGGCGAAGGCGGCGGACAGCUCGUGCGCAUUGCAGCUGCUCUGGCCGCCGUGACGGGCCAGGCAGUACGCAUCUCCAACGUGCGUGGGAACCGUCGGGGCGGGGGACUGAAAGCACAGCACGUGUCUGCGAUAGAGUGGCUCGCGAUGGCGACCGGGGCCGCAGUCCAAGGCCUGGCCGUGGGCAGCAGCACGUUCGUGUUCGAGCCGGGGCCGCCGUCGGCAGCCGGCCACGUUGUGCUGCGGCCGGCCACGGCAGCUGCCAGCACGUCGCUGAUGCUGCAGGCCGUGCUGCCGUACCUGGUCUUCCGGGGGGGCGACGAGGGGCUGCCGGUCGUCCUGCACGGCGGCACGCACGUCGCCUGGGCGCCCUCGUACGACUACCUCGACCAGGUGCUCUUCCCGGUGCUAGAGACGUGGUUUGGCAUCCGGAUGGAGCGCGCGCUCGAGGCCGUCGGCUGGAGCGCCGGACAUGCCGGUCGUGUCCGGUUGCUCGUCCAUCCGAUCGGCACCAACACGCUGACGCCGCGCGUGGCGACGCUGCACGAGAAGGUGGCAGCAACGGCCGCUACGGCCGCCACGAUUGCUGCGGUCGACGCAACGAUCCGGGCACCGCCAGAGGCACACGACCUCCUGGUCGAGGCGCUGGCACGGACGCUGGACCGAACGCUCGCCGGUGCGGACCUGCACCUGCGCACGAUUGCCGACAGCGGCCGAGAGCGAAAGCAGACCGAGGGCGGACUGCUGGGACUCUGCGAGCGGAUCGCACGGGAGGUUGUGCAGGGGCUGGCAGAGGAGGUCGCCGGCGGCGGCUGCGGCGACACGUUCCUGCAGGACCAGGUGGUCGUGUUCCAGGCCCUGGCAGCCGGGCGGACCUCUUUCUGGCGGGAGGAAGCGGAGGAGGACGGAUUGCAGGCAUUGCGACAGCUGCAGCUGAGCGAUGCCGCAAACGAGGCCGCAAACGAGCGAAGCGAGAACUCAAACGAGAACCCAAACGAGAACUCAAACGAGGCGCCGUCUGGCCAGGGAAGCUUACAUGCACAGACGGCACGGUGGGUGACGGCACAGAUGUUGGCGGUGCCAUGGUUUCGAGAGGGAACCGAAUGCGAGGGAGCUGGAUGGAGAGGAGAUGGAUGA